AGUCUAUGAGAGGAACACAGAGCUCAUAAACUCGCUUCAAGAGACAGGCUGUUAUUCAGUUUGAUAAAUAACGAAAAGUUUGAAAAACAAGGAAUGGCUGUCUCCGCGAGUUACCGGAUCUUGUUUUUUUCCGCGUGUGUGAUUUUUGCAUCGACACAGCCUGAAGGUCUUAUAGUCGUGCAGGAUUCAGACAAUGACAACCCAGUUGACCAGGUCGUUAAAGAUACACUACAGAGCGGCCUCACAACCGUCUUCCUGCCAAUUAUUUACAUAAUUGUUUUUGCGUUGGGGUUCCCAAGCAACGCGAUGGCGAUAUGGGUCUUACUGUUCAGGUCAAAGAAAAUUUACCCUUCUGCCAUUUACAUGGGCAACCUGGCGCUGGCUGACCUGAUGUUUGUUAUCUGGACGCCUCUCAAGAUUGCUUACCAUUUAAAAGGAAAUAACUGGACUUAUGGGGAAGGGAUGUGCAAAGUGUUGGUGGGUUUCUUCUACGGCAACAUGUACUGCUCCAUCCUCUUCAUCACUUGUCUAAGCGUCCAGCGGUACUGGGUCUGCGCUCACCCGCUCUCCCAUCAGAGGAAAAACAACAAGUUUGCAAUCAUCGUAUCUGUGUGUAUCUGGAUCUUCAUAUGGGUCAGCACUACCCCUUUGUACCUCUACAAGCAAACAUUUGAAUCCGCAGAACUCAACAUCACCACUUGCCAUGACAUCAACUUUGUCAGUCAGGAGAACUAUCAGACGGAAAACAUGUUCCUGGACGUUCAGCUGCCCUAUUAUUAUUUCAUGGUAAUGGCAGGUCUUGUGUUCUUCAUCCCAAUGCUGGUCAUCAUAGCUGCUUACGUUCUUCUCCUUCGUUCGCUUGGGAACUCCGCAGUUGAGGGCAGUGCCGGAAAAACCCGCCAACGAGCCGUGGUCCUCAUUGUCACGGUGCUCAUAACGUUCCUGGUCUGCUUCAUCCCCAGUAAUGUGAUGCUGGUGCUUCACUACUCUGUGCAGGAAAAAAGCUGGGCCAAUAAAAGCUAUGGCUUCUACAUCACCACGCUGUGCCUGGCCAGCCUCAACAGCUGCUUGGACCCCUUCAUCUACUAUUACGUCUCGGACGAGUUCAGGAAGCACGUCAAGAACACACUGCUGUGCCGCAGCAGUCGUACGCUGGACAGGAUGAGGGUGUUGUUCAGGUCCAUGAAGUACUCGAAAAAGAACAACACUUCCAAGCACAGGCCCCACGAAAAGCAGCACCUGCGAGAGCGGGUUGACAUGGGCCGUUGACACCGCCCAGCAAACAUUUUGACGUUUAAUGACCGUUGAAAAGACGUCCCUCCGACACGUCCCAUCAUGGUUGAAAAAUAGUUCCAAAAUGAAAGUUGAACCGACGUCAUCUGGCCGUGAAUUCCACGUCUUU